AUGACUAUGAGACCAGUGAAACUUGUUAUCGUCGGUGAUGGUGCCGUCGGUAAAACUUGUAUGUUAAUUUCAUAUACAACAAACGCUUUCCCAAAUGAAUAUAUUCCAACUGUCUUUGAAAAUUAUAAUUCAUCAUUAGUUGUUGAUGAUGUUAAAAUUAAUCUUGGAUUAUGGGAUACUGCUGGACAAGAGGACUAUGAUAGAUUGAGACCAUUGUCAUAUCCAUCAACUGAUGUAUUCCUUGUUUGUUUCUCUGUUAUUGCUCCAGCUUCAUAUGAAAAUGUAGAAGGUAAAUGGAAACCAGAGAUUGAUCAACACUGUCCAAACGUACCAAUUAUUCUUGUUGGAACUAAAAUUGAUAUUAGAGAUGAUCCAGAACAAGUUAAACGCUUAGCUGAAAAGAAUAUCAUUCCAAUUCAACCUGCUCAAGGUGAUGAAUUAGCAAAGAAAAUUGGUGCUGUUAAAUAUAUUGAAUGUUCUGCUUUAACUCAAGCCAAUCUUAAACUUGUUUUUGAAGAAGCUGUUAGAGCUGUUCUUGCUAAAGCUGCUAAAGAACCAACUGGAAAGAAAGAAAAAGGAGGUAAGAAGGGAUGCUCAUUAUUCUAA